AUGGUGGUCACCUGGACAUGCACGUGUGUGCGUUGCUGGACGCGCCGGGCGACGCAGGGCUUGCGGGCGAAGUACGCAGGGAAGCGUGGCCGUGACGGCAACAUCGACAGUCUCUCGUUCCCUCAUCAGAUCGGUCGACUGCGCUCAGCCAAGAGGCCACCGGCGCCGACCAGCCGGCCUCCCGCACCCGGGUCCGGGACGAGGAGAGAGCACGGCGCCGGCCGACGACGCGAUCCCCACACACCCCAUCUCACCUCCAUAUGCACCCACAGCUCGGGCGUACGGCGCCAACUGGGCCCCAUCGACCCCACGCGCACCGCGAUCAGUGGCCCUUUCCUCGCGGACCCACCGCGACAGACCAACUGCCCGCCUCGCACUGUUUCCCAGCUGAUCGACCGCGCCCGGCUGGCCCAGAAACCCGUCCCCGCAGCCUCGGCCGCAUCCAGCCCGGCCGCAUCCAGCCCGGCCGCUCCGUCAUGGUCCACAUCCGGGACUUGUUGCCCGGAGCCUUCGGGCUCCCAGAGCGCGGCCUGUCGCGGCCUGCUCACGGCGUUGGACGCGCAGCUUGCCCGUGCAGCGUCUUCCGGCGCCUCCUCUGCCUUCCCGCGCACGCCCAGGAGACCCCCUGCUGCAAUCCCUUCUCGCACCAAGCCUGGUGCACAAAACUUGACUCAGUCGGAGGAAAUCAGGAUCGCUUGCGGGCUCAUCCAUCCGGAAAUUAGGCACUUGCGAAUCACGAGUCGAGUGAUAAGCAUCAGUGUGCACACAUAG